UGUUUUUAAGGCUUCGCCGAGUGCUUCCGGGAAAACAUUUGUUGAGUUAUACGCGUGGGUGCCGUUGGCGCCGGGAAAACGAGCAGCGGUUUCCAAGUCUCGCGUGUGCAUGGGAACGCAGCGAAGGUGAGAAGUCGCGCGCGCUAGCGCAACGCACGAGGCGGCGCUGACACUGAACAGGCGGAUGCGAACGGAAGAAAAGAGGCGCUGUGGCCCAUCCACUUGAGCCGAGCGACGGUGACGGUUUUGGACGGCGGAUACGCGUCGCCCCGGCCUGUUUAAAUCGCCCAGCCUCGGCGUCGCGUCUCCUCUCAGCCUUCGUCCACCGUCGCAGCAAAACCAUACUCCGUCUCCUCGCUCUAUCGCGCUCCAUUAAUUGCUCUCGCAACAAGGACUCCAUCGUCUUAUCCGAUGCUGGUGCAGAGGACUCGUCGAUGCUGGUGACCAGGGACGCGCUGCUGUCACAGCUCCAGAAGGACCGACUUCGCCAGGAGAUCAUCCUGGCCGAGCUCGCCAAGAUAGAGCGUGCCAUGGCCCUGCGUGCCAGCCCGGGGGCGCCCUUCUCGGUCGUCAAGCUCCAGGAGAUGCCGCGCAGCAGAGAAGCGUUUGGUUCUGCAGACCUUAUUGUCGCCGUGGGUGUGGACAACGGUAUGGAGGAGAAGAAAGAUUCCGCAACAAGCCUUCAGGCAUCGAGUUUGGUUCACCGCAAGAUGCCUGCCGCCGAAUAUCUCGUCCGUGAAUGCCUGAAGACUUCUUGCGGUGCUGGUAACGCUGCAGGUCGGCGGCAAAAUGCAGCACUUGAUGAGACUAGGUUGCCCAAGGAGACGACGCCUCCUUUAAUAAAAUGGAGGUGUGACAUCUGCCUGGUGGAAGCACCGACCAAGGGCCACUUGCAACAGCAUUGUGCAGGGCACAAACACAAGUCUAAAGUAGCAACCUUGGUACCAAGAAACAAUGCCAACAGUCACAAAGCGAACGCAGCAGCUGCUGCGAAUCCCGGAGAUGUGCGUCAAUCUGACGAAAAGCCACGUCUAACCUGGGUCUGCAGGUUCUGCCAAUCCAACUGCACCUGCAGAUCAGACCUGGAGAGCCACCUGAGAGGCAAAAGGCACAAAGCAAAGAUCCAGUGCCUGCUGGAAGAAUGCAAGAACAUGGCAGUGAUCUAUAGCUAUAGGUCGGCGAAUUCACAGCCAAACCUUGCGACACAGGAAGAGGACAACGGCCCUGCUUCAGCAUGGAAUUGCAGGCUGUGCCAAGCCAAGUGCAAUUGUCCGUCAGACUUGGCCAACCACCUAAGAGGCAAGAGACACCAGCUGAAUUUUCUGGUUCUACAGGUGGAAGGCAAGCAGUAUCUGUCAGAGUGGGGUUGCGGUAUCUGUCAGGCCAAAUGUGACUCUGUAUCUCAGCUGGAGAGCCACUGGAGCAGCAGGGGACACCAGCAGAAGGUACAAGCUCUGCGGGGAGGAGGCCAAACCGCAAGUUCUGUGGACGAGGGGAUACAUAGGACGACGUAUGUUUGCAAGCUCUGCAAUUUGCACUGCAACAGCAAGACUACGCUAGCAGAACACCGAAGGGGGAAGAACCACACGCUGAAGGCGAAGAAACGGUUGUCGCUGAGUUUUUGCGAGGUCUGCGAUCUGCAAUGCAAUAGCGAAAAGAUGCUCGCUCACUAUCGUAAUGGGAAGGCUCAUUUGGCAAAGCUUAGCAACUGCUGAUUGGAGAGGCUGUGAUCUGUGGAGCGAAAUGCCAGCCACGUCAUUUCAUUUUGAAGAGACUUCAGUUGACUUUUUAAAAUGCAUGCGGUUUCAUCAGACUGUAGAAUAUGAUGUUGUUUGGUUCAUGAAAUAUAACGCAAAUGUCAACAGUAAUGAUUAAUGCUUGAUUAUAGCGGUAACAAGUUCGAAUAGGUUGAUAUUAUUUUCUAGCGUGGUAUCUGAUUACGU